AUGUCGUCGAUCCAUCAUCCCAUCAACCCUGUCCAGCCAGAGUCCAACCAGUCUGCCCGCGACGAUGCCAUGAUGCAGUUUAGAGAGAUCGCUCCUGACCGCAAGAGAGAGCACGACCCAUCGGACCUGGGCAUUCCCACACCAUUCGCACCCCCACAACCCAAUGUCAAAAGAACAAAAACUGAACAGGCAUGUUCCAAUUGCAGAGCGCUGCGGCGCAAAUGCAACGGAGGAAGCCCUUGCAAAACCUGUCUGGAGAAUUCUCUUCAGUGCCACUAUGGAGGCGACGCUCGUGCCCCCGAGAAACUCACGCUGGCAAAAGCGAUGAAGAGAAUUGCUCAGCUUGAAGACCGCUUACGUGUAUAUGAAGGUUACACCACCGGACAGAGUCAAAAUGAGCCAGGCUUGAGCCCUCCUCGCUAUUCCGACCAAGUAUACGGGACAGCGACCGAAACGAGCCGGAAUGAGGACGAUAUGGCUCAGUUGUUGCGGGGUGUGAACUAUCUGACCAUCUCAAGGAACCCCGAGUUCUACGGAGGUUCAUCGUCCAAUGCUAUUAUCAGCGCCGUGGAGGCAACAGAUGAAUCGGAAGACCAGCCGUCUACUUCUCGGAUAGAAUCGCCCCUCGACAGAGCUAGCUUAUGGCUUGAAAAUGCCGCGAGUCUCAGGUUUGCCAAAGUCGCAGGAUCAUCACUUCCUCCAAGAUCCGUCGCAGAUGACUAUGUCAACCGCUACUUUCAAACUGCCCAUAGGCUCUAUCCUAUCAUGAAUCGUAUCACUUUCAUGGAACGCUACCGAAACUUCUGGGAGGGCCUGCCAACAGAAGGUAAAGGCUAUGAACUCUGGGCAGCUGUCUUGUACAUGGUCCUUGCCCACGGUCAUCAAUGCAGUACGGUCGACCCAGAUGAUCGAGUCAGAAACGAUGCUCUUGCUUCGAAACAUGGGGAGAUCUGCUUCAACCUGGCCAAAUCGACCUUUGUCGACGUACCCUUUUCUGGUGGCGACAUGUCUGCUGUAAACUCCAUGUUCCUUGCGUUCGUUUGGCUCUUUAACCAACAGAGGCUUCAUGAAGCAUAUGCAAUGCUAGGAACGGCAGCCAGGAUUGGCUACGCCAUUGGUCUACACAGAGAGCUCAGGCCAGUUGAUAUCCAUGUGCUUGAUACGAAUGGCUGGUGUGCAACUUGGUGGUGCCUGUUCAUAUAUGAAACGGAACUCGCUACUCUGUCUGGUCGCCCUUGUGGCAUCCAACCACGAGAGGUUGACGUGAGACCUUUUCCUCUCGAUACCUCGCCUAUUGAUCUCCAGUAUCUGGAACGUAUGCGGCAAUUUUCUUACUUGGCUUGGGAUGCCUAUGAGCAAGUUUACUCGCUGGCUUUCAAGCACACUGGAGUCAGUGAACGCGCAGCGGCUCUUCGUGCGGCAGAUGAUGCCAUUUGCGCUUGGUAUGAUGGCUGGUAUCAUGACUCGACAUGGUCAAAGGAGCCUCAUGGACUUAUUAUUCGGCUGCGUUACCUAAAUCUUAGGAUCCUCCUGUACCGAGCGUUCCUCAACUUGGUUGUGCAGAAACGAGAAAAACAGAUGCAAGUGAAGGAAGAACCAGUUGUGGCGGCUGCAAAGUGCAUCGAAAUGGCCAUGUCACUUAUCCAUGUCACCACCACUUCUAUCAACGCCGGGAGUUCUGGUACCCUCCAAGCAGCCCUGUUUCAUACUAUGGGUUAUCUUUGGAAUGCGACGCUCACGCUUCUACUUUAUGUCAGAAGUGAAUCCACAUAUGAUCUUCUGGCGGCCAUGAUCCCCGAGCGCAGCAAAAUCAUCGACAAUAUCGAAUCUGCCGCGGUCUUCUUCGCCAGGCAUCAGGAAGCCUUAGCAUUUGCUCGUGUGGCGUCUGAAAAGAUCCGGCGGCUGUUGAAAAAGGUAGCGACUGGGUAUGUCUCAAGUGACACACCGAGCACCACGACAGACAUCCAUGCUGGGUUCGCUGUCCCCAACCUGGAGUCACCGGACCGAAUACUGAACUUCGUCCCGGGAUUCGACGUUCCAGCAUUUGAUAAUCCACGAUUCAAUUUUGAGAUGGCUUUUUCUGGAACCCCACCACAAGGCGAGCUCCCGGGUCUGGAGGGUCGCGAAGAUAAUACUGCCAAUCCUCAUUGGAUUCCCGAGGGCGAAGGAUUCUAUUUCUACGGCUCUCCCGACGCAGGAUAG